ACGGACGCCGGUCUAUUUUGUUUACGAUCUACUUUUUCACAAAAUACAAAAACAUAUCUUCCGAUUGACUUCUGAAUUAAAAAAUGUAGUAGCUAUUAGAUAUUGAAAUUAGAACAUAUUUGAGGUGCAGUUUCUUGUGAAUAGUUGUUCAAAAUGUAUGUUGUUCGCUGUACGGUGUUGGUAACGCUGUUUUUAACCGGUUUUGAGCUGUCUACCGGAAAGGAUGCAUCGCACCAUAUGGCACAUAAGGCUAGGCAGCAUAAAUACAGCAGAAGACAUCGCGCCAUUUCUGAUGGCGUGCUGCGUUUUGAACCGGAGCCGUAUAGCAAAAAGUUGGAGCUAGGCAGUUCAGGCAAGAUACAUUGUAAAGUCGCCGGUGGUGUAUCGCCGAAUGUGCAAUGGUUUCUGAACGACAAGGACCCGUUACCGGAUGGUGUGACGUCAUCAAACGGCACUUUGCUGGUGACGUCGGCGUCCAACCAACUCGCCGGCCAGUACACCUGUCGAGCCACAGACGGAGACAAGACCAUCGAGGCUAAAAUCAAUCUGGAUAUCGUCGUGUCACCUCGAGUGCUAGAACCAUCUCCCGGGCAGCAGCUGCACGUGUCUGCGGGGCAGCCAGCGUACCUGCACUGCAGCGCCAGCGGCGACCCCGCGCCGACGACGCACUGGGACCGGAAUACCACCAUACUGCACCAUCAACAAAAUGACGUGGAAAUCGAGGGUGGUGCAAACGUAUCUACUGCAAGAUUCGUCCUAUACAACAACGGGACUCUUCUCAUCCGUAAUGCCAAAGAGGAGGAUUCAGAUAGAUACGGCUGCACGGCAGGCAGCGCUGCGGGGUUGGCCAGGAACGAACUACUUCUGAUCGUGCAUCCUGAAGGCGAUCCCUUACCGCCGCAGGAGUCAACAGGGGUGGCGGGGAAAGCUGUGAUAGUGUCCAUAUCAGUUGCUGGGGCGUACAUGAUACUUGUACUAGCUCUGAUGGUCUACUGUCGACGGCGACGGCUGAGAAGACGACAGAGAGGAGAGAAGAUGGAGUUAGAGAUGGCAGAAGGGAGAGAGAAGUUGGUAGAAGAAGGGGAAGAAGAGAAGAAAGUAGGUAACGGGGCGCCCGUGCAGAACGGGAGGCUUCUACCACAUGACAGGGAUAGCGGUGCGGAUAAUUCGGAGGUGUCAGGUGUCUCGCGGGCAUCGAAGAAGUCCGGGCAAUAUGAUCACCUCAUCAUUCCCAGGACACUGCUCACUGAGCAGAUCACGUUGGGUCGCGGGGAGUUCGGCGAUGUGAUGCUCGCCAAAAUAGACCUCACUCAAGUAAAGAAAUUACGCAGCAAGGAGGAUUUGCAGGUUGAAGCCAAAGUCAGACCGGUUCUGGUCAAAGCUUUGACCACGAAAGAUGAGGUGCAGCUAGCAGAGUUCCGUCGUCAGCUGGACCUGUUCACUCGAGUGAGGCAUGCCAACGUGGUGCGUCUUAUCGGGCUGUGUAACGAAGCUAGUCCACACUAUAUGUUGCUGGAACAUACUGAUUGGGGCGACCUAAAGAACUUCCUAACAGCAACUCGAACUCCAGAAGAGUCCGCCGAGUACCACGCGCGUGUGGGCCGCGCGCUGCCCGCCGCCGCCCCCGCGGCCCCCGCCCCCGCGCUGGCCCCGCUGCACCGCGCCAUGCUGGCCGCGCACCUGGCCGCCGCUGGCGCGUGUUUGGCCAACAAGCGGACCACGCACAGGGACAUAUCAGCUAGAAACUGCGUGAUAACCUCCCAACUUCACCUAAAGCUGUCGUUCCCGGCGCUCACCAGAGGGCCAGACUCGCACGAGUAUUACAAACUGCACGAUCAGGUGAUCCCUCUACGUUGGUUGCCCUCUGAAGCCGUGUUAGAAGGCGAAUACUCCACCAAGUCCGAUGUAUACAUGUUUGCCGCCACCAUUUGGGAGAUAUACACAAAAGCGGAGUUGCCAUUCGCGAAGCUGAACGAUAAUUCAGUGCUGGAGCGAAUCAAAAGUGACACCCUCGAGUGGAUUGUCCCAGAUUCGAUGCCCGACAAGUUAGCCGAAUUACUCCGACGUUGCUGGAACAAGUCGCCGACAGACCGGCCGCAGUUCAGCGAUAUAUGUGACGAACUGGCUGUCAUCAUACAGAACAUCACAGCGGAGAACGCAUCUCAGCACUCGCAAGAUAACAUUGAGAAUGCGCAUUGAAAAUUAACAGAACUCCCGAGUUUUGUAUUUUUUCCCGGUAUUUCAAGUCCGGAAUUGAUUCCACUAUUGUUACUCCGGAGUCCGGAACCACCGGAUCCCUAAUGACUACAGGCCGAAUAAUUAAUAUAUUAACACUCAAUUUGACGCUGAAAGCUCAAUUUAAAACACACAAAUUGACCUGAACAUUAUUGACUGAAGACUCACUGACGUACUCUACGAGUUCCGGAAUAGGAAAUCCAAUGUCGUAACUUGGAACUC